AUGACAAGUGGAGGCGGUUUCAACUUUUCCUUCACGUGGGGUUGGAACCGUUCUCUGGCAUGCCGCUUGUCACCCAGAGUGACCCAGCACGCAUUCAAAGGAUUGCACCGUAACAUCAAGCCGGAGAUUUUCUGGAGUCAGUUGCAAAAGCGGUGGUCCCCUGGAUUUGAGAUACUCAUGGAUGAAGGACUCAACAAUGGCCUAUACAACCCCAACAACGCCUUAGAGCGUGAUUUCAUGGUCAACCUACAUAGUCCUUUCCUCCAGCAAGUGCGCGAGAAGUAUGCAAGCCCCAAUCAUGAAGUUUUCCUUCUAGUACCACCAGCAUUCCAUGAACUGGCCUCAACUUUCCUCUCAGACGCCGGAAAUCCUCUUGUCACCAUGAACAUGGCCUGGGAUGUAUAUUCCAUGCUACUCGAUCAUUUCCAUCUGCAUGACCAAAAGGUCCUUCAAACGAUGAUGAGAUCUGAGCCAGUUUCGCGUGGAGAUGGACGCCCUGACCUGGACUUCAUUGCCAUCGUGGAUUUCCCACCUUACCGGCCUCGACUUCAUGACAAAGCACAAGGCUUCGCUGCAGGUGUAAUAUACUCAUCAGAUGAGGUUUCAGACGACGAUUAUGUUUUGGGAUGGACACAGUUGGGUGGGAGCGGAACACUUGUGGUUGGGUCUGCAAAUCUCCUUGCAGCUCACGGGAAACCGAUAUCGAAGGCUUUUGACAUUUUUGAUGGAUGUGACUGGAACCCCAAUGAGUGA